CUGGCAUCGACACCAGUCAUCAGUGCACCAGUGGCAAGUGCCAUAAACCGAAAGAUAACUUGUUGUAUCGUUCUCAAGACUGUGUUCAUAAUUGACAUAUCUGUAUCGCUACCAUGCCCAUCCAACAGCCGUCAAAUCAAAUCAAGCUUACGAACGUUUCUGUCGUUCGUCUGAAGAAAGGGGGAAAGCGAUUUGAGAUCGCAUGUUAUAAGAACAAAGUACAAGAAUGGCGGAACGGGGUCGAGACGAGUUUAGAUGAUGUUCUCCAAAUUUCGAACGUAUUUAUCAAUGUAUCUAAAGGCGAAGUGGCCAAGUUCAAUGACCUCCAAAAAGCGUUUGGGACUUCAUCCGUCGAUGACGUUGUAAAGGAGAUAUUGAAAAAAGGAGAAGUUCAGGUGGGCGAGAAAGAGCGCGAACACGACCUUACAGCUUUGCGCAAAGAAAUUGCAACCAUGGUUGCCGAGAAGUGCGUGGACCCCGCUACCCAGAGACCCUACCCGGUUGGUAUGAUCGAAAAGGCGAUGACGGAAGCCGGAGUGAGUGUGAAGGUUGGCAAGAAUGCCAAAAGCCAGGUAGCAGAGACUUUGCGACUGAUCCAAGCUGGCUCGAAACUGCCUAUCCAACGUGCACGGAUGCGAGUGCGAGUUGUCAUCCCCUCCGCAGAUGGCGAACGUCUUGAGCCGCAGAUCAAAUCUUCUGCAGAGCGCGUUGAACGAGCAGAGAAGCGUGACGACAUUUGGGAGAUGGUGAUGCUUAUAGAUCCAACGCAGUUCAAAGUUCUCAAUGACUUGCUACUGAAAGAAUGUAAGGGGAAGGGCCGAGUGGAGACCCUUAUGCUGGCUGUUAUGGCUGACAGCGGUUAAAAUCAUUUUUGAGUGCAGAGUGACUGCACAUGCAGGCGAACCCUUGAAGGGUUCCGGUCCUUAGUAGUAGCAGCUUGCGUAGUGUAUUUUUGAUGAACACAAUUGCUUACGUACACAGCCGUUCA